AUGAUGGAGGAGACAGGUCCUCGCAUAGCAGACUACUUUGUGGUAGCAGGGCUCACGGACUCCUCCAAGCCCUUAGAGGAGGAACUGCAGCUGGACGACGUUCCUGGUCGCUUUCCCCGCUCGGCCCCUGGUGGUCGGCCCCUGGCCCCCAUCACAGACGUAGCUGUGGUUAUAUGCUCACUGGGGGAAACGGUUCCUCAGGGUUACACCUGCUUAGAGUCCACCCCAUCUGGUCUGUCUGCAGAGCUGAACGGAGCCAGUCUCAGAGGGCCUCAGAUCUACCUCUGCUACAAGAGAGGCCGAGAUAAACCUCCUCUCACUGAUCUGGGGGUUCUGUAUGAGUGGAAGGAGAAGCUGAAGCCUGGCUGUCACAUCGUCCAAACCACGCCCUCUGGUCGCCCUGCCAACAUAAGUAGCUCCUCCUCCCAGCGCAUCUACAUCACCUAUCGCCGCUCCCCGCAGAGCCAGCCUCACACGUCAUUGGCUGUCACAGAUGUCUGCAUCAUCAUCCCGGGCAAAGGGGAGACGCCCCCUCACACCUUCUGCAAGGUCGACAAGAACCUCAACAGUAGUAUGUGGGGAUCCUCAGUGUACCUGUGUUACAAGAAGUCACUGGCUAAAACCAACACAAUCGCAUACAACGCAGGUCUGUUGUGUCGGUACCCAGAGGAGGACGAUGAGUCUUUUCCCCUGCCGGAGUCUGUUCCUCUGUUCUGUCUGCCCAUGGGAGCUAGCAUUGAGUUCUGGCCAGCUCACACCAAACACUCCUUGCCUGUCUUCUCUACCUUUGUGCUGACUGGGGCCUCUGGAGACAAGGUGUAUGGAGCUGCCAUCCAGUUCUAUGAGCCGUACCCAGAGGACCAGCUGAGUGACAGACAGCGUUCUCUCCUGGGGCUACCGGGCACGUGCAAUAGCAGCGAGGGGACAAAGAGCGUUCACGCUAACAAGAGUAUCUGUUUGCUGUCACACUGGCCGUUCUUUGACUCAUUCAGGAACUUCCUGACGUUCCUCUACAGAUACUCCAUCUCUGGACCACACGCUCUGCCCAUAGAGAAGCACAUCUCCCACUUCAUGCACAAAGUCCCGUUCCCCUCGUCACAGAGACCACGCAUCCUGCUACAGCUGUCUCCACAUGACAGUCUGAUGCUGAGCCAGCCGGUCUCCUCCCCUCUGCCUCUCAGUGGUGGUCGUCUCUCCACUCUGCUCCUUAACCUGGGUCCUAAGAAUGCGACCACUCUGCUGGUGCUGGCCGUAACAGAACACAAGAUCCUGGUCCACUCUCUCAGACCGGCCGUACUGACCAGUGUUACGGAGGCCCUGGUGUCGAUGAUCUUCCCCUUCCACUGGCCGUGCCCCUACAUCCCUCUGUGCCCUCUGGCCCUGGCAGAUGUUCUCUCUGCCCCCUGCCCUUUUAUCGUGGGCGUCGACUCGCGUUACUUUGACCUCUACGUGCCUCCGCCCGACGUCUGCUGCGUCGACCUGGACACCAACAACAUAUUACAUAAGGAGGAGAAGAGGGCCCUAACAUGGAAGAUACUACCACAGAAAGCCUGCAAACAUCUCCUCAAUACCCUGGGUAGUCUGUACCAACAGCUGACUGAAGGGUUCUUGAAGAGCCGGGAUCGUUCCCACCAGAAGUUCUACUCCCAGAUGAUCAAGACCCAGAUGUUUAUCCGGUUCAUCGAGGAAUGUUCCUUCGUCAGCGAUAAAGACGCCAGUCUGGCCUUCUUCGACGAGUGUGUUGAUAAGAUGGACAGUGAUGGACCAGAAGACACCAGGUUGAUAGAGCUGGAUGAGUCCCAUCGCAGUGAACACACUGUUUACAUCAACCCUCCUGAACUAAGACUGUUGGCACAGGGAGAGGAGCAUCCACUCUGUUAUAGCUACUCUGGGUUUCCGGUGCUGAGUCGUGAUUUGUUGGAGCUCCAGGAUGGACCACACCCCCCCUCAGCCAGCCUGACACAGAGACACACCAGUCCAGCCAGCCCUGCCGCCAUUUUUAGACGCUCCAAACAGGAGAUCCGCUCAGCCCAGCGGAUGGCUAAAUCCCACGCCUCCGUACCUCAGAUGUGGUCCAAGUGUCUGCUGCGUCACUGUUACGGCCUGUGGUUCAUAUGCCUGCCAGCCUACGCCAGCGCAUGCCACUCCAAGGUGCGGGCACUACGCAUGGCCUACGACAUUCUGAGGAAGAUGCAGGACAAGAAGCUGCAGGCACCCGAUGAGGUGUGUUACCGGGUGUUAAUGCAGCUGUGUGGACAGUACAGCCAGCCUGUCCUGGCGGUCCGAGUUCUGUUUGAGAUGAAGAAGGCUGGAGUCCAACCCAACGCCAUCACCUACGGUUACUACAACAAGGCGGUGUUGGAGAGCACGUGGCCGUCCAAUACUAGAGGAGGCUACUUCCUGUGGGCCAAGCUGAGGAACGUGGUCCUGGGGGUGGGACGGUUCAAACAGCUGGGACGGAAACAGACGGUCCAAAACCAAACCCAGAGCAGAGACACAUCAGACUACAGUGAUCUGGACACAGUCAGUCAUGGUAGUGAAGACAGUACUAACGACUCAGUUGAGCGGGUCUCAAUCGAUACAGACUUCACCAAGAUGGACUCCAGCGAUGAUGGAUCCAGCACAGGUGGCCAGUCAGACCAAGGCUAUGACUCUCUAUCCAAGGAGGAGGAGAGGAUGAUGGGAAAGGACAACGACAGAACACCACUGGAGAAGUCAGAGAGGGAGUCUUGUCGUCUGACUAGACAGAACCACACCACCACCCCUGGUGACUCCAACACUCCCUGUGGUACCAGACCAAAGAACCGGAGGCUGAGGCCCAACUCCCUAGACCUGACCGGAGGACAAGGGACACUCAGGACCAUCACACUCAACUUCACCUCCACCACCAUGCAGAUCCGGGGCCCUGCUCCAAAACGCCCCCCGCCUCCGAACUGCAAACCUGGGAAGGCUGAGGCCAGUCAGGCUGAUCCUACUCAGAACCAGGAGAGAUUGGAUGGCGGAGAGGGGGAGAAGGUAGAAGGCAGUAAGGACAGACAGACACCUGACAUGGAGGUGGAAAGGAGGAGUGUGAGCUGCAGUGUUGGUAGAGAUGGAGCCGGGUCUGUAACCUGCAGUGGUGGUGGAGAUGGAGCCGGGCCUGCAACCUGCAGUGUUGGUGGAGAUGGAGCCGGGCCUGCAACCUGCAGUGGUGGUGGAGAUGGAGCCGGGUCUGCAACCUGCAGUGUUGGUGGAGAUGGAGCCGGGUCUGCAACCUGCAGUGUUGGUGGAGAUGGAGCCGGGUCUGCAACCUGCAGUGUUGGUGGAGAUGGAGCCGGGUCUGCAACCUGCAGUGUUGGUGGAGAUGGAGCCGGGCCUGUAACCUGCAGUGUUGGUGGAGAUGGAGCCGGGCCUGUAACCUGCAGUGUUGGUGGAGAUGGAGCCGGGUCUGCAACCUGCAGUGUUGGUGGAGAUGGAGCCGGGUCUGCAACCUGCAGUGUUGGUGGAGAUGGAGCCGGGCCUGCAGAUCGCAGUGUCUCCAAACAGAGCAGUGUAAGAAACAGCAGUGAAACCGUGGGCGGAGCCGUGAAGAGGACUGGUAUCGUUGAGACUGGCUUUGACCCUCUGUCCAUUAUAGCGGCUGAGACGGAGACAGAGGGUGAUGGGGACAGCAGUAGUACCUCCACAGUCCGCCGAGACCUGGCAGAAGAGAUAGAGAUGUACAUGAAGGUUCUGAGCCCUCUGAGCAGCAGGACCGCCAGCAUGGACCUUCAGAACCCAUCCAGCCCGCUCCUCCACGCCACCUCCACCCCAUCUAAACACUCCUCCCACCGACCUCGGCCCCUCAGCCUGACCCACUCCCCCUGUACCUCCCCCCGACCCCCUCCUCCCUUGCUUCGUGCCAACUCACACCUCCCCCUCUCCAGGCCCAAAGAACGUCUCCGUCCCUCCUCCCUGGUCUCCCCUUCCUCCCCUACUCCCUCCUCAACCUUCUCCAUGGACUCUCUCCUCACACCGACUCUCAGUCUGGACAUGUUUAAGAGCAGCUUCCUGUCCGCAGGGAAGGGGGUGGCUGAGAAGGCUAGCAGGCUCUACUCCCGCCUGUCAUCACAGACGUCACUCUCACAGGAUGUGAACUGUGACCAGAUCAGCGUGUCGUCAAUGACCUCAGUGGACCCAGAAUGCACCUCUCUGUUGGAGGAGGGCUCUGUCCUGGACCCUGAAGGUUUCACCUCUUCCUUCACCUCCUCCUACGCCUCCCCCCAGCACGACAGCAUCACGUGCCUGAGGAGGAGCCCAGCCAGGGGACGCCUCGUCUCUCAGAGCCCCACCUCGCCCUGCAAGGUGUUCCGCCACAACUCCUUCUCUAGUGGUUUGGCUCCUCCCUCUAGAGGUCCCCAGACUCCAGACUCGUCUCCUGAUGCCUCCCGCUUCCACCUCCGUCACCACUACACUACCGAGGUGUUGAUGUCUAGCUGCUGUCGCUGUAAGACAUGUGACUGUCUGGUGUAUGAUGAAGAGAUCAUGGCAGGAUGGACGGCUGAUGACUCCAACCUCAACACUACCUGUCCUUUCUGUGGCUCUUCCUUCCUGCCCUUCCUUACUGUACACAUCAGGGACCUGAGACACAGGACCAGUGACGAGAGGCACCCACCUUUAGGAGAGGACACGGCUGUUUCAGUCAACCCCGAGACUGCAGCUGGAGCGCUGACGCCCCAGUCAACCACAGCUCCAGCAGAGGAGCAACAGGACUCUGAGGCCCCGGUGACGGUCCCCUACCUGAGUCCCUUGGUUCUGUGGAAAGAGCUAGAGUCUCUGCUGGGUAAUGAGGGAGACCAGGUGAUCAGUUCUCCCAGCAUCGUGGACCAGCACCCUAUCGUAUUCUGGAACCUGGUGUGGUACUACCGCAGACUGGAACUCCCCUCUCAUCUGCCCGGUCUCAUACUGACCUCACAGCACUGCAGCCAGGGACACGUCCCAGCCCAGAGCGUGUCUUCAGAGGACAGUAAACAUGUCCUGGUCCGCAUCCUGUGGGACAACCCGUCACUACACCAGGACUCUGUCCAGGCUCUAUACAUGCUCUGGCACGCACACUUCUCUAUCCCCUCAGCCAGUGGAACAGUGUAUGAGGAGGACCAGCCCCAGGACCAUCUCUUCUCCUCUGAGGUCCUACAGGGUAUAGUGAGGAGCAUCCAGAAGGGGGAUGUCUACCAGCCCAUGAGUCAGAUCCUACAGCUGCUGGGACCAGAGCUGGGCUUCAGCAGACAGAGGAGUCUGUACAGAGAUCUCCUCUUCCUGGCGCUGACCGCUCUGGGGAAGAGCAACAUCAAUAUUGAUGCGUUUGAUCGUGAGUACAAGGUUGCUUACGACCGCCUCAGCCCCAGCCAGGUGAAGCUGACACACAACUGUGACCGGCCCCCAGGAGCAGGGGUCAUGGAAUGUAGGAGGAUGUUCGGGAAACCCAGUCUGUGAUCUCUCCACCUCACCUCUCUUUUGUCGAGCCCAGUCUGUGAUCUCUCCACCUCGCCUCCUCUGGAGGACCUUGAGGCAGCCCAGUCUCCCCACCUCCCCCUGGCUGCUAUCCAUCCAUCCCAUCCCUCCCAAAACAUGACUGCUGCUC